AUGCCGUUCGCCCUGCCAACUCAAUAUUCUGAUUCUGAUGACCGAUCAGAUUAUGAAUCCAACGAAUCCAACUACUCCACUGAUGUAUCUGAAUCCACCAACUCCACUGACACUGACUCGGACAAAGAGGAGGAAUCCAACCGGUCUCAGUCUGUUGUCUCUGUCCCAACUUCAACUCCGAGACAUGGUGCCAAAGAGUGGUUCUUGCCACACAAUGAGGAUCGCUUUGAGACUUUCAUUGAUCAUGGUUCCAUCCUUGACAAGGAUGGAUACCCUAUCUAUCCAAAUGGCCGCACCGUUUUUGUAAAGGUACCUAGCUCGAAAAUCCUCAACUUUGGCACUGUGGGUUACACCAAGCGAACGUGUUCUGAAACUCCAAAGGAUGGGGAAUGGAAGGUAACUUGUAUCUAUUGUUUGGGUGUGUUGGUAUGUGAUCAACGGAGCCCCGGUGCAAAGGCGAAGCAGGUACCUGCCCAGGAAAGGUUCACCACCAAACAUGUACCGGAACAAUGGCACACAUUGAUGUUAAUACUCGAACCGGUGUAG